AUGGCUAGCAGUGCAGGCUCACAUGGCAUAGCCCGUACAAUCCGACAGCGCACCGAGGAGCAACGCCAGCAGGACCUGGACAAGAUCAAGAAGUACCACGAUCUGGAGCUUCAGAUUCGCGACAAGGCUAAGCAGCAAGACUUUGCCGACCCUACCCUCUUCGACCUGACAACCAAGCUUCUCCGGCUGAACCCCGAAUACUACACAAUAUGGAACGUCCGUCGACGUUGUCUAAUAUCUGGCUCAUUGUCCAAACCGUUGGAUGGGUCAUGGCCCUCGAAGGCGUUGCCGAAUACUUCAGCGAGCGACACUACGAAACCGCCUUCCGACGACUCCUCGCCCUCUUUCUCGGGUGUGACCCCGCCAGACCUAAAGUCCCAACAAGCCACGAGGAGUGGGCAGAGUGGCUUAGUACAUGAUCAGAGCGCCGCCAACGAACAACAAAGGGACCAGAAUAUGAAAGAUGCUCUCACUGUUUUGCAGUCCGAGUUGCAAUUCACUAUUCCACUACUGCUCGAAUUCCCCAAAUGCUACUGGAUUUGGAAUCAUCGCUCAUACAUCCUACACCUCUGCAUAGCUCAUCUCCCGCUGAAUACCGCGCGUGAUAUCUGGACAGCUGAGUUGGGGCUGGUCUCCAAGAUGCUGAACAAGGACCAACGUAAUUUCCAUGCAUGGAGCUACCGCCGGAGGGUGGUCACAAAACUGGAGAGUGCAGAGCUGCAUGGACAGAGCAUGGUGGAAAGCGAGUUCGAGUAUACGACAAAGAAGAUCAAUAGCGAUUUGAGCAAUUUCUCCGCUUGGCAUAAUCGGAGCCAACUUGUCCUGCGAUUGCUCGAUGAGAGGAAGGCGGAUGAUGCCGCACGCAGACACUUCUUGGAAGCCGAGCUAGAUCUUGCAAGAGAAGGGCUCAACGUCGGCCCAGAGGAUCAGAGUUUGUGGUACUAUCAUCAAUUCCUCAUGUCGCAUCUCCUCGAUAACGUUGGCAGACCAACCAUGGCACCAAACUUGACCAGGGAGGAACGAUUGGUGUAUGCUGAAAAGGAGAUGGAGGAGAUCUCUGAUCUUUUGGAAGACUACGAUGACGUCAAAUGGAUUUACGAGGCACUGCUCGAGUACAGCAUCGCACUCGACGUAUUCAGAAAGGCCGGCGGCGAUACCACGAGUCCCACAUCAUCUCAAGACGAAUUCGUGACUUGGCUGUCCAAACUGAAACAGCUCGACCCUCUUCGUAAGGGUAGAUGGCAUGACGUCGAACAAAGCCUAUAG